AUGGCAGACUGGUUCUCAACUUUUGACAGCACUAAUAAUGUAAGUUUUGUAAAUCAUCAAUUGAUAAACCAUGCAAGUUCUGGGGUGAACAAUGUGCAAGAGAGUGGCUUUGGGGGCAAUCAACUGGCUGCCUAUAACAAAAAUGGCUACAUUCAUUUGCAUGAUCCUUCAAGGCAGACUUUUGGACAACUUGGUGUAAGCCAACGAGUUAGUGGAUAUCAACAAUUUCUAUCUUCAGCUAAAAGGAUUCGCAACAACGUGACUGGCACCCAUCAAGUGGCAGGCCAUUCAGCUGUUUUCCAAAGCGUUGUCCAAGUCAAUGGCCACAUUAUCAGAGAACACGUCUUCACGAUGGUCUCCAGGCAGCACAUUGACAUAAGCAGCAGUAAUCUUGCCCUCCAAAACCAAUCAAAUUUUGUAAACAUGGGCCAAGAUCAUGUUAAUCGUGUGCCUGAUUUGAUCACCAGAAGUGAGCUUUACAAUGUUCAGGGCCAUCAAACUCCAAACAAAGCCCCUAAUCCUUCAGAUUUUUUCGACUCUAAAGAGCACCAAGCUGAUGGUUUUGUAGAUGCUUCACCUAUCAGCAUGCGUUUUCCUGCAGCAAAUGUUGAAAUCCCUUUUGGUGACCAAUUGGGUAAAACUUCAAGUGAUCUCAACCUCAAUGAGUCCAGCAACAAUCUAGUAGAAGCUCCAAUUCGACUUGACAGAAGUGUUCAUCGCCACAACCACACUGUGGAAGGUGGACAAGGGCAUGAUUUUGCGGCAGAAAGGAGGCAACCUUAUAAGAAGUACGGUCCAUACGCUUGUCCUAGAUGCAGCAAGAUCUCCACGACAUCCCAGCAUCAUGCAGCUCAUAUGAGGUGGCACUACGAUUCUGAAGAGACACUUGAAGAAAGAAAGAGAAGACAGGAAUCAAAAUACAAGAAAAAGAACCUUCGCCUUGUACAGACUAGCGAUGGACUUACUGUGGUCCCUGAUCUGUUCACUGGGAUGAUGGGCAACAUAUAUAGCAUUCUCCCAAAUGGCCCCCAGGACAGGAAACCGAAUCUAAUGGUUGGAAGAGAAACUAAGGCGUUCAAGGAAGAACCUGAUUUUGAGAUGGCUGUUGAGCACAAAAUUCCAUAUGGCGGUGUGGUGAUUAAGGAUGAACCUCAGAAUUAA